AUGAGUAAAAAGGUAUUGAUUGUUUUUGCACAUCCAGAGCGCAAUUCAUUGAAUGGACAAUUUUUGGACGAAAUAAUCGAUCAGUUGAAAACUCAAGGAGACAAAUUUAAAUUAAGUGACCUUUAUGGUAUGGGUUGGAAGAGCGAAGUUGACAUUAAUGAUUUUCCGGAUUAUCCCAAAGAUAAAGUCUUCCAACCUUCAUAUGCCUCUAAAAAGUACCAUCAAUUUACUCCAGAUGUUAUUGAAGAGCAAAACAAGCUCAUUUGGGCUGAUACUGUCCUUUUCGUUUUUCCUUUAUGGUGGUACAACCUUCCUGCAAUUUUAAAAGGAUGGUUUGAUAGGGUAUUCUCAAGUACUGAAUAUUGGAAGAAUAAGACCGUUAUGGGAAAAAAUGUGUCCUUAAUUGUCACUAUGGGGGCAACAGCUGCAGAAAACUACGAUCCACAUGAUCCAAUAAAAGAUGUAGACCAAUUACUCUCUAACAUUUUCCGUACCUUUUAUUCGGGGAGAAUGAAUCCGUGGACACCUUUGUACUUUUUUGGUGUGGCUCACGUCACUUCAGAGGACGUUAAAGCUAUGAAAGCUAAAGUUCGUGAUUUCAUCCGUAACAUCCCUUCUUCGCAUUGA